AUGCCGUCCUCUGUCACGUGGGGCCUCCUCCUGCUGGCAGGCCUGUGCUGCCUGGCCCCAGCCACCCUGGAUGAAGACGCUAUCCAGUCCGCCAGCCACAAGUUCAUGCUGAACCUGGCCGACACCGCCUUCAGCCUAUAUCACCAGUUGGUUGGUCCGUCUAACACCACCAACAUCUUCUUCUCCCCGGUGAGCAUCGCCACGGCCUUCGCCAUGCUCUCUCUGGGCGCCGAGGGCACCACUCGCACCGAGCUCCUGGAAGGCUUACAUUUGUACUGGAAGGAGGUGCCUGAGGCUGCCAUCUACACAGGCUUACUGAACCUCCUCCACACCAUCAACGAGCCAGACAGCGAGCCUUGGCUGAUCACUGGCAACAUCUUGUUUGCCAACCUAAGUGUGAAGUUCAAGGACGAAUUUCUGAAGUACGUCUGGGAGCUGCGGCACUCAGAUGUCUUCUGCCUCCGUUUCAGGGAUGCCAAGGCCCGGUCAAAGGUCAACGAUUUCAUAGAGAUGAAAAUCCAGGAGCAAGAUUUGGAUCUGUUCGAAGAGUUUGACAAAGACACAACUCUCGUUCUGGUGGAUUACAUCGUCUUCGAAGGCCUGUUGGAGGUGAAAUUCGAGGCUGAGACCUAUGUGUCAGAAGCCUUCCACGUGGACAAGAAGACCAUGAAACGGAUAUUCAUGUUCCGCCGCUCGGGCCAGUUUGAGCUGCUGCAUGACGAGGCGCUCUCCUCCUGGGUGCUGCUGCAGCACUACCGGGGCCUAGGGCCCACCUUCCUCAUCCUGCCCGACGCGGGGAAGAUGCAGCAUCUGGAGGCCGAGGUCAGCCAGGAGCACCUGACCAGGAUCUUCCACAGCAUGGCCGCACGUUCUGCCAGUGUAUAUCUGCCCAAAGUGUACAUUUCUGGAACCUACGAUCUGAAAGCCACCCUGGGCGGAAUGGGCAUCACCAAGGUCUUCAAUGAUGGGGCUGAGCUCUCAGGGAUCAGCGAGGGGCAGCCCCUGAAGCUGUCCAAGGCGCUGCAUGAGGCUAGGCUGAUCAUCGAUGAGAUUGUGAUGGAUCGUUCUGGUGCCAGGCCUUCAGGAAAGCACAGGUCGAAUCUUCUGACCGUCAAGUUCAACAGGCCCUUCUUAGUCAUCCUGAUGGACAAAAACUUCAACAUUCCUCUCUUCCUAGGAAAGAUGGUUAAACCCUGGUAA